UUGUGUUAGUUUAAUUUUGUUAACGAGACUUAGUAGAUAGUAUCAGAAUUUCUCCACACAAUGAAAUUGUUUGUCGUCCUUUCAGCAAUCGUAGCGGUUGGUUGUGCUAUGCCGCAAUUCGGCGGCGCCAAUGCUAACUCUGAGGCCAGUGCGAAUUCUGAAGGAGGUUUCGGAAACCAACCUGGUUAUGGUGGUGGCUUUGGCGGAAAUCCUGGCUUUGGAGGCGGUUUUGGUGGAAAUAAUGCCUUUGGUGGCGGUUAUGGUGGAAAUCCUGGUUUUGGAGGCGGUUUUGGUGGAAAUCCUGGCUUUGGCGGCGGUUAUGGCGGAAAUCGUGGAUUCGGGGGAGGUUUCGGUUACAAUCCCAGUUAUGGUGGUGCGCCUAGCUUUGGCAAUUCCAAUUCCAAAGCCGAUGCCAGUGCCAGUGCUAAUUCCAGCGGCGGUGGAUUCGGUGGAAGUUCUGCCAAUGCAGUCGCUGAUGCUAGCUCUAAUGGCUUCGGUGGUGCCAAUUCCAACGCCAACGCCAACGCAAACGCCAUUGCAAACAGCUUUGGAAAAUAAAGUAAUUUAAAUAUAAAUUAUGAAUAAAUCCCUCUAUAAUGUGCUCAUUUUCUCGUAUCGCGCAUUGAAUUUUGCUACAUUUCUGGCUGCUCAACGCUAUACUAGGAUAUAAUUAAUUUAUUUUUAUUGCGAAUAUAAGGAAUGUGGAGAAAAUAAAUAAAAGAUCUAUAAUUUAACAAA